CGAUCAUGAGCCAUGAUGAUCACUCGUCUUACCUGGCCGAAUAUUUCAAGCCUAGUGACUCAUGCAGCGCGCCGCAUCACCCUCGCCGGCAAUUUUUUAUCUCCCCGAUCGGCCGGGUUGACUGCGAAACUUGAAACAUAAUUCAAUGCCGACACGGCGGCGGCUGGUUUGUCCGCAAGCGCGCGCGCACAUGGAUACUACACUCCCAUGAGUACAUAGCUGGGUGAGGCGGAGGCCUCUGAUCUUUCCCUCUCUACGGCGAUCUACCAGAUCUGGGCGGCGCGCCAUGGCAAGCGGUUUCCGCGGCGGCGGCGGCGGCGGGCAGCCGUCAUGGGCGGAGCGGUACAAGCCGGGCUCGGCGAUGGUGCUCGUGCAGCUGUUCUACUCGCUGGUGGACAUGGCGCUCAAGACGGCGUACGGGCUCGGCAUGCGGCCCAUCGUGUUCGUGGCGUACCGCCAAGGCAUCGCCGCCGCCGCGCUCCUCCUCGCGUCCCUCGCCACCAGGGGAUGCACGCUGCGGCCCAUGGCCGUCGGCGCGCGGGCCUUCGCCCUGCUCUUCGUCGCCUCCCUCGCCACCGGGACGGGGCAGUACUUCUACUUCAUGGGGCUGCAUCUGGCGUCGCCGUCCAUGGCCAGGGCGACCACCAACCUCGCCCCCGGCAUCACCUUCGCCAUCGCGGCCGUCAUCGGGUUGGAGAAGGUGGAUUUGAGAAGCUCCAGAAGCAUCGCAAAAAUCAUCGGCACCAUCGUCUGCCUCGGAGGAGCAAUGCUCAUGGCGUUCUUCAAGGGGCCAAAGCUUCUCGGCGCGCUCCUCCUGCCAACAACCGAUGACUGGGUGACAGGAGGCAUCUAUCUCAUGGGGAACGCCAUAUGUUUCUCCAUCUGGUACAUCUUGCAAGUGCCCAUCUGUAAAUCCUACCUUGAUCCACUGUCCCUGGCAACCUGGAUGUGCUUCCUAGCAACCUUGCAAUGCGCGGUGGUAGCGUUUUUCUUAGAAGAAAACUAUAUGGAGAUCUGGAAGCUCGGUUCAAUUUGGGAGCUCCCCUGCAUCUUAUACGGAGGUGUUUUCGCCUCAGGCGCCAACUUUUUUAUGCAAUCUUGGUGCAUAUCGGUGAAAGGUCCUCUUUACAGCGCAAUCUUUACACCGCUAAGUGCAGUGAUCACGACAAUACUAUCUACGCUCUUCCUUCAUGAAGAGCUCCAUAUUGGAAGCGUGUUAGGUGCUAUCACAAUCAUCUUGGGCCUGUAUGUUGUGCUGUGGGGCAAAGCAGAUGAUGCAAAGAGCGAGAGGCUCGCCGUCUGUUCUAAUGAUUAUGAAAGCAUUGUAGAACAAGAUUGUAUCGGUGUAAAAGUAGAGAGUGAGAGUGAUCUUUCAGAAGGAUUGUUGUCUGAAAACCGUGAACGCUGAUACUCCGCCAUUCAAUUAAUAGUUUCGCAAUCAGCAUUUA